UUUAAAGAGUGAAGUCCUAUUUAUACUUACUUUUUCAAAAUUAUGAAGUAUUGAGUUACAUCUGAUCAAAUGCAGCCAGAGAUCUACCGCAUUUGUAGUGGUGGCGCUAUUCCCUGCAUAAAACCCGGCAUAAAUGACGUUAUGACAGUGAACCUCGUUCAUGCAUCGGAUUGGAUGAAACGGUCAGUUCCAUGGUGCUGAAAGACCAACACGCAGAUGGAAACAGGUUUAAUCUUUAAAUUACCGUCUGUAUAAAUUUAAAUAUGUGUGUGCGGGAUUAGGACUGAUAUAUUUAGUAUCGCUGGGAUCUUACGGUAAAAGACUGAGCUGAAUACAAGGAAUUCAAAUUUUUUUCGGUCAGCAAUGGAGUCGAGCAGGACGUAUUUUCUCGUUUUGUUUUUUCUGUCUUUUGUUCGCAACAUUUCGGCUUCAGUGACGCAUUAUUCAAUUCCGGAGGAGAUGAAAGAAGGAUCCGUUGUGGCUAACCUCGCUACUGAUCUCGGACUGGAUGUGAAGACACUGGAUCAGAGGAAGAUGCGUCUUGAUAUCAUCGCGAACAAGAAAUACAUGGACGUGAACAAAGAGACUGGUGAACUGUUCAUCAUCGAGAAGAUAGACAGGGAAUAUAUUUGCACUACCAAGUCAUCCUAUUCGUGCUAUCUUCGAUUGGAGGCGAUACUAGAGAACCCAGUGCGAAUAUUUAACAUAGAAGUAGAAAUACUAGAUAUUAACGACAACGCCCCGCAGUUUCGCAGGGACACCAUACAUUUAGACAUUUCUGAGGCGGCGCCUAAAGGAGAGAGAUUCUCACUGAGUAAUGCAGUCGAUCCUGACGUAGGAAGUAACUCUGUAAAAACAUACUAUUUGAGUGAAAGUGAGUAUUUUAACAUUGAAUCACAGACAGGGGGAGAAGGAACUAAGUUUGCAGAUCUAAUAUUAAAAAAGACGUUAGAUCGAGAGGAGCAGGAGGUUCAUAAACUAACUCUCACUGCCGUGGAUGGAGGCACACCAGCUCGUUCAGGUACUGCCAGUGUUAUUGUCCGUGUGUUAGAUACAAAUGAUAAUGCUCCUGUAUUUAAUGAAUCGGUUUUAAAUGUGAAGAUAAUGGAAAACUCACCAAUAGGAAGUCUGGUUAUUGAUCUUAAUGCAGUGGAUUUGGAUGAAGGAUCAAACUCUGAUAUAACUUAUUCCUAUAGUUUAUAUACAUCAGAGAAAACACAGCAAACAUUUCACCUAAAUCCUUCCACUGGUGAAAUUACAGUCAAAGGAAUGUUAAACUAUGAGGACUUCAGGAUUUUUGACAUGGAAGUUAUAGCUACUGACCAUGGAGCCAAUAGUUUAUCAGGACAAUGUACCAUAAAGAUUCUGGUUGAAGACAUGAAUGACAACCAUCCAGAAAUUUCUGUUAAAUCAUUUCAGAGUCCAGUGAAGGAGAACAUAGAAGUGGACACAGUGAUAGCUGUAGUUAGUGUCAGUGAUAAAGACUCUGGUGAUAAUGGAGAAGUUGAUCUUUAUAUUCCACAUAAUAUGCCUUUUAAAUUGAGAAAAUCUUCUGAUAACUAUUUUGAACUGGUGGUGUCAGAGCCAUUAGACCGUGAGAAAGUUCCAGAAUAUGACAUAACGUUCACUGUUAAAGACAGAGGUUCUCCUCCUUUAUCUGACAAUGUAACUAUGACCUUAGAGCUGCUGGAUGUUAAUGACAAUGUCCCCAAAUUCCCUCAGUCAUUUUAUAAAAUCCGUGUCAUGGAGAACAACGCACCUAUGGCUCUGCUCAGUUCACUGACAGCCUUUGACCCUGACCUCCAUGAAAACCAGUAUCUGGUUUACUUCAUCAUAGAGAAGGAGAUAGCCAACACCUCCAUGUCCAUGCUGUUCUCCAUCAAUCCAGAGAAUGGUGAUCUGUACGCUCUGAAAACCUUUGAUUAUGAGAUUGAGAAGGAGUUUCUUUUCCACAUUGAGGCCAGAGACUCUGGCUCUCCUCCACUCAGCAGUAAUGUGACUGUACACAUCAUCAUAGUGGACCAGAACGACAAUGCUCCAGUUAUUGUGUCUCCGUGGCGUGCACAUGGCUCUGUGGUGGAGGAAAAGAUUCCCAGAUCCACUGAUAAAGGUUCUCUGGUGGCCAAAGUGAUCGCUUUAGACACAGACUCUGUGCACAACUCUAGGAUUACCUACCAGUUCCUACAGGUGACUGAUGCCACCUUGUUCAGUCUGGACCAGUACAAUGGGGAGAUCCGGACCAUGAGGAUGUUCAGUUACAGAGAUCCACGUCAUCUGAGACUGGUGGUCGUUGCCAAGGACAACGGGGAGCCUGCUCUGUCUGCUACAGUCACCAUCAAGCUGUCCACAGUGGAGACUGCAGUUAAGGCCUACACUGACAUGACUGAGGUUCCUCUGGAGUCUGACCUCUUCUCAACCCUGAACCUGUACUUGGUCAUUGGUCUGGGCUCUGUGUCAUUUCUCCUUCUCAUCACCAUUCUGGUCACCAUUGUGCUCAAGUGUCAGAAACCUAAGAGCAGCCAAACAGCUCCUCCCAGCAGGAACAGUGUGAUCAGUGAGAGGAACUCCACCAUCGCAGAUUCCACUCUGGUCUCCAACGAUGCCUACUGGUACAGUCUGUUUCUGGCAGAGACCAGGAAAGGAAAGCUGGUGGUGAGACAGCCUGUGCCGAAGGGCUCCAGAUACAUUGUGUCCAGUAUCCCGAGAGGAACAGGAGUGACAGAUACUAGUGACUCAGCUGCUUCCACACUGCAGGUAUGAGAAGAAAUGUUCUUAAGAUUAAUUUUACACUACUACUAAAAUGUAAUCAAUUUAUUUCUCCCCUCAUUGCUAACAGUUUUCACAGCCUGACUGAUACCCAGAAAUGUUUUUUUCACUUUAUUCUUAGAAUGUUCAUAAAUUUGCAACCAACAAUGAGUCAUAUAUUUUGACACAAUUACUUAAUUUAACAAACUUGC